UCUCCUCUCACCUCCUGUGUCAGUUACCCCUGUCAAUUCCCCCGUGUCAGUUUCUUCUCUUGCUGUUAUCCUGUGCCUGACUGCGUGAAGGGAGUGCGGGCAUUUGAAGGGGCCCAGGUUAGCUCUGAGAACCAGGAGAAGCUAGUGAGAGGUAGAGCAAAGAGUUUCAGGGCGCUGACGAAGGCAAAAGGUAUAGGAGGGCCGGCCAAGGAAAGGGAAGUUUGGAGAUGAUUGAGGAUCAAAGAGAGAAACCAAGAUAGGAGCCAGUACUUUCGUCCCUCACAGCACCCCGCCCCUUUUGCUGUGCUCAUCAGCCCACCCGCCCAGCAGCCUGGAGGCCCGGAGCUGUCCCAGGCGGCUCUUUGCGUGCUGCGGGAGAAGAGUCCUGUUAGGUGGGUGCACCGCAAUCCUUGGCUCUGGGACACCAGACGACGCAGAUCUGAAUACAUCACUUGACCAGGGAAAAGGGAACAGAGACUUAAAGAAGAAGUAAUGUGAUUUCCUCAAGUUCAUAUUUCAAAUUAGUAGAAGAGCUGAGACUAGAAUCCAGGUCUCAUAAUUCCCAGGAUACUAUUCUUUAACCUGCACCACUUUACAUGUAGAGGUUUCUAAAUUGCUAUGAACCAUGGCCCAACUGUACUACAAAAAGGUCAACUACUCACCGUACAGAGACCGAAUUCCCCUGCAAAUUGUGAGAGCAGAGACUGAGCUCUCUGCAGAGGAGAAGGCCUUCCUCAAUGCUGUAGAGAAGGGGGACUAUGCCACUGUGAAGCAGGCCCUCCAGGAGGCAGAGAUCUACUACAAUGUCAACAUCAACUGCAUGGAUCCUCUAGGCCGGAAUGCUCUGCUCAUUGCCAUUGAGAAUGAAAACUUGGAGAUCAUGGAGCUACUGAUAAACCACAGCGUGUAUGUAGGUGAUGCCUUGCUCUAUGCUAUCCGCAAGGAAGUGGUGGGUGCUGUGGAGCUUCUUCUCAGCUACAAGAAGCCCAGUGGAGAGAAACAGGUUCCUACUCUGAUGAUGGACACCCAGUUCUCUGAGUUCACACCAGACAUCACUCCCAUAAUGCUAGCUGCCCACACCAACAACUAUGAAAUCAUCAAAUUGCUUGUCCAAAAACGGGUCACUAUUCCACGGCCUCACCAGAUCCGCUGCAACUGUGUGGAGUGUGUGUCCAGUUCAGAGGUGGAUAGCCUGCGCCACUCCCGCUCCCGUCUGAACAUCUAUAAAGCUCUGGCAAGCCCCUCACUCAUUGCCUUAUCAAGUGAGGACCCUAUCCUAACUGCUUUCCGCCUGGGCUGGGAGCUCAAAGAACUCAGCAAGGUAGAAAAUGAGUUCAAGGCUGAGUAUGAGGAGCUCUCCCAACAGUGUAAGCUCUUUGCCAAAGACCUACUGGACCAAGCUCGGAGCUCCCGGGAAUUGGAGAUCAUCCUCAACCAUCGAGAUGACCAUAGUGAAGAACUUGACCCUCAGAAGUACCAUGACUUGGCCAAGCUGAAGGUAGCAAUCAAAUACCACCAGAAAGAGUUUGUUGCUCAGCCCAAUUGCCAACAGUUGCUUGCCACUCUGUGGUAUGAUGGCUUCCCUGGAUGGCGGCGGAAACACUGGGUAGUCAAGCUUCUGACCUGCAUGACCAUUGGGUUCCUGUUUCCCAUGCUGUCUAUAGCUUAUCUGAUCUCACCCAGGAGCAACCUUGGUCUAUUCAUCAAGAAACCCUUUAUCAAGUUUAUCUGCCACACUGCAUCAUAUCUGACCUUCCUCUUCAUGCUUCUCCUGGCUUCUCAACACAUCGUCAGAACAGACCUUCAUGUACAGGGACCUCCCCCAACUGUCGUGGAAUGGAUGAUAUUGCCUUGGGUUCUUGGUUUCAUUUGGGGGGAGAUUAAGGAAAUGUGGGAUGGUGGAUUUACUGAAUACAUCCACGACUGGUGGAACCUGAUGGAUUUUGCAAUGAACUCACUCUACCUGGCAACUAUUUCCUUGAAGAUUGUGGCCUAUGUCAAGUAUAAUGGUUCUCGUCCAAGGGAAGAAUGGGAAAUGUGGCACCCGACUCUGAUUGCAGAAGCGCUCUUUGCAAUAUCCAACAUUUUAAGUUCGUUGCGUCUCAUAUCCCUGUUCACAGCCAACUCCCACUUAGGGCCUCUGCAGAUUUCUUUGGGGCGAAUGCUGCUUGAUAUCCUCAAAUUCCUCUUUAUCUACUGCCUGGUCCUUCUGGCUUUUGCCAAUGGAUUGAACCAGCUUUACUUUUAUUAUGAGACCAGAGCGAUUGAUGAGCCGAACAACUGCAAGGGGAUCCGAUGUGAGAGACAGAACAAUGCUUUCUCCACGCUCUUUGAAACCCUUCAGUCACUUUUCUGGUCUGUAUUCGGACUUUUAAAUCUCUAUGUCACCAAUGUGAAAGCCAGACAUGAGUUCACAGAGUUUGUGGGAGCUACCAUGUUUGGGACAUACAAUGUCAUCUCCCUGGUAGUGCUACUGAACAUGCUGAUAGCCAUGAUGAACAACUCCUACCAGCUUAUUGCCAUCCAUCUUGUCACUGCUGUUCCUGAUGUGUAUACUCCCAAUUCCAUCAAGUGA